AUGCCUCGUGCCAAACGCUCCAUCGAGGAGAUGGCCAACAGGUCGGACUCGGAUGAUGACGACUACAGUGAUCAUCCGGUGCGGUCGGCUCGACGCUCCGUCUCUCGGUCGAAGUCGAAGAAGAAAUCCAAGCCUGCAAAGAAACGAGCCCGUCGCGGUUCGGACGAUGACAUUAUCUCUGACGACGACGAUAUCUUCAGUGAGGACGAGGUUUCUUUUGAAGAGUCGGAGGAAGAGGAUGACGAAAAUGCCCAACGGAAUGCCAGAGGCCUAGUUGCUAGACGAGCUGCCACCAACCGACCGGUCUAUAACGAAGGCGAUACCAGCAGUAUCGAAGAUGACACCCCAAACGACGAUGAAGCUGAUGUACAAACUUCCCCGAAGAAGCGCAAAAGUACGGUUGUCAAGCUGAAGGUCGGUAACGCACUCAAACGACAAGCGCAGGCGCCACUGGACAAUUUCCAAGGGACUCGCCGGGUGACGAGACGUACGCGAGAUCCGUCGGAGGAUAUCUAUGCCCUUACCAACUCAGGUCGUCACAUGGAGACUGUCGAGCGAGGAACACAGAGUCCGGAGAUGGAAAGUAGGCUUCGACGGGGUUCCAGGGCAUCGAAACGCAUACCUGUGCUAGACGAGGAAGAGGAAGGUGAAUCUCAGACGAAGCAGGAGGAAGAGGAGGUCAUUGACGAGACGACCAACGAAAUCAAAGGCUCGCAGCUUGAGAUCUUGGAGAGCGAUGUUCAAGUCAGUUUCGAGGGAGCUGUACCAAACCCCACCCAGAAUGACGACGAUGGAGAAGGUGAGGAUGAAGGUUUCGUUCCUGAAUCCGAGAAUGGCGAUGCAAAGGCUGGCGUUGAGGAGGAUGGAAACGACGAAGACGAUGAGGAAGGGCCAGUCACCAGAAGGAGAUUGAGGCCAAAUCGGGGCCAGCCAGCGGAAGAUGAAGCCGACCAGCCCCAGGAAGACCAAGAGGAGGAACCACGUCGAUCUAGUCGCAAGAAACCCAACCACUUUCAACGCAAACGUCGGGAGGAGGAAAGCGACUUCGAGCCUGAAGAAGAUUCAAACGACGACGAUGAGGUCUCUCACUCUGGCAAGUCGAACGCUUCUCCGCACAAAGCCAGCCAAGCUCGCGAUGAUGAUGAUGACGACUACAGCGCUACUGGUCGUCGUCCUGGCUUGCGCAAAAGGGCAUCUCGAUCACGUGGUCAGUCGGAGGGAGGAGCUGAUAUUGCGGAGGAGCUAGCCGAAGAAUUGGAAGACCUGCGAGGAAGUCGGUCUCGCCGUCGAGUACAACCUGAGAUUGUCUACGAGAAACCCCGACGCAGUCGGAAAGAUGUGGACUACCGUAUCAUUCGCCCGGAUCUCAUCCUGCCCAUCGAAGAAGCUGAGAACGAAAUCAAUGAAUCGCCUUCGCGUCGGGGCCGCGGAGGGGGUGGUAGCAGUUGGCAGCGUACCCUGUUUCCCACUUACGGGCCUUUCGGAGGUGGCGGGCCAUCUGCGAUCUUGGGUCCUCCGGGAGCACCUGCUGCAGCGGGGGGUGCGGAGAGCGAUAGCAGUGAUGAUGAAGUUAUGCAGCAUCCUAAGACCGGGGCCAGUGGGUCGUUUUCGGCACCUGGACUUCCCGGAGCUGGCCUUGUCGGUCAAACUCAUGGCAAUGACGCCGCGCAGGGCCUCUCGGGCACCCCUGCGCAUCUCGGAAAGGUCAAAGACAAACAGGCCCUGGCCGAUGCGGAUCCACUGGGGGUGGAUGUGAACGUCAACUUUGAUAGUGUAGGAGGUUUACAAGGACACAUCGACCAGUUGAAAGAGAUGGUCUCUCUGCCACUGAUGUACCCGGAGAUAUUUCAGCGUUUCCACAUCGUGCCCCCUCGGGGUGUCCUUUUCCAUGGACCUCCCGGCACGGGAAAAACCCUGUUGGCAAGAGCUCUCGCUAACAGUGUCAGCUCGAAUGGUCGCAAGGUCACUUUCUACAUGAGAAAGGGAGCCGAUGCCUUGAGUAAAUGGGUGGGUGAAGCAGAACGUCAGCUUCGGCUUCUCUUUGAGGAGGCUCGCAAGACACAACCCAGUAUUAUCUUCUUCGAUGAGAUCGAUGGUCUGGCACCUGUUCGGUCAAGCAAACAGGAACAAAUCCAUGCCUCAAUUGUCUCCACUCUGUUGGCGUUAAUGGAUGGAAUGGAUGGUCGUGGUCAAGUGAUUGUCAUCGGAGCUACAAAUCGACCGGACUCAAUUGACCCUGCGCUUCGCCGCCCUGGUCGAUUUGAUCGCGAAUUUUACUUCCCUCUGCCCAACAAAGACGGGCGACGUUCCAUUCUGGAUAUUCACACAAAAGGCUGGGAACCGCCGCUCCCAGAUUAUAUCAAGGACGAGCUUGCAGAGAUUACCAAGGGUUAUGGAGGAGCUGAUUUACGAGCUCUUUGUACGGAAGCCGCCUUAAAUGCGGUGCAGAGACGGUACCCCCAAAUCUACAAGUCUAACCAGAAACUUGUUAUCGACCCGAAAACUAUCGAUGUCACACCGAAAGACUUCAUGUUAGCAAUCAAGAAGAUGAUUCCCUCGUCAGAGCGAUCGACGUCCUCCGGCGCAUCGCCAUUGCCUAAGUCGGUUGAACCUUUACUGCGUGCACCGCUUGCUGAAAUCGAGAGCCUGGUGUCUGAGAUUCUACCGCAGAGAAAACGGCUCACCGCGUUGGAAGAGGCACAAUUUGAGGAGCCCGUUGGCGGUGGCUUCCAGCGCGAACAAAUGCAGCAAGAGUUCGACAGGUCGCGAGUCUUUAGGCCUAGACUGCUACUUCGCGGUCCGCUGGGUAUGGGCCAGCAGUAUAUGGCGGGGGCCCUUCUGCACCACUUCGAAGGUCUGCACGUCCAGGCAUUUGACCUUCCAACCCUUCUCAGCGAUUCCACUCGAUCUCCCGAGGCUGCCAUCAUACAGCUUUUUGCUGAAGUGAAGAGGCAUAAGCCCAGCGUGAUCUAUAUUCCCAACAUUCACACUUGGUCGGAAACUGUCGGGCAGGCUGUGAUUGCCACUUUCUUGGGGCUACUUCGAUCGGUUCCUCCCACAGAUCCGGUGUUGCUAUUGGGCGUUCAAGAGUCGAAUAGCGAGGAAUUGGACAAUGGACUGAUGAGAAACCUGUUCGGGUACUCCAAGAAGAAUUUCUUUGACCUCAAGGCGCCAGGCAAUGAUGCACGUUAUGAGUAUUUUACCAAGGUAAUCGACUACAUCAAGACGUCUCCAGCCCACUUCCCCGAUCCCGAGAACCGCAAGCGCCGGGAGCUUGAAACGUUGGAGAUCGCGCCUCCACCGCCGCCUAAGGCUGCCACCCCGCCAAGCAAGGAACAGCUCAAGGCUCAGAAGAAGAAAGACUACCAGACGCUCAAUCUCCUGAAGAUCCGGAUUCAGCCUAUCAUGGAUCAAAUCAAGAAAUACAAGAGAUUCAGAACGGGCGUGAUCGACGAGUCUCAGAUCCGGUACCUAUGGGAGGAAGAAAACCCGAGCAUUGUUACCAGUGAUUUGCCAAUCGAACACCGGACUACCUUCCGACCUUUCGAGAAGGCGAUCGACAAGCACGGCGUUCCCGGACUACGUGAAACAGUCUCGGGCAAAUUCUUCUACAACUUGGAGAUCGUGACUAUCGAGAAACGACUUUCCAAUGGGUACUACAAACGACCGAAGGACUUUUUGGCGGAUAUCAAACGGUUGGCGAAGGAUGCGCGGCAGUUGGGUGAACAAGAGAGGCUGCUCAGGGCCAAUGAGCUCUUGUCCAAUGUCGAGGUUGACAUCGCUACCAUCGAGCAGGCUGAACCGGCCCUUGUUGCCGAGUGCGAGGGUGUCUAUGUCCGCGAGCUGGAGAGAGAGAAGAUUGCGCUGGAAAAGGCUCGAAAAGCAGCAGAGGAAGACGAAGGGGGCUUUGUCGGACGGCUGACUGCUAACUUGGUUCCACACGGAAAUACCGAGUCUGGUCCAUCAAGUGGUCCCGUUGUUCUUGGCGGAUCGUUCCCUGACCUCGGGCCCAAAGACACGGAAAGGCCGGUAACGCCUACACGGCCAUCGACAGUGAGCUUCACAAACGGCUUUCACCACGGUGGUGGCUCGGAUCUGAACGACCUUAGCACGCAAGCAGUCACAAGUAACGGCUCCCACGACUAUCAGGCCGAUGGCGAUGGGGAUACAUACAUGACAACCUCGGAUCAGUCGACUGGGCGCGACACACAAACCAGUUCAUUCGGGCCCUUUGCACAGCCAAAGCCACCAUAUUCCCAUACGGCACCUUCACAGCAGGUCCGACGUGAAUCCGGCAUCUCCAGCUUUUCUCAGAAAGGGCCCGUUACCCCCUUAGCGCCUGGAUCUCAGCCCCAUGACUACACCAAUGAGGCUUCUACCACGCAGACAACGUCUGACAAAAAGUCAUCGGAGCAAUCGUCGGUCCCGCAAAACCACUUGCAUAGUCCCGUAACUGCUCACGGAAUCCGACAUGAGUUCCCGGAUCUCACACAGUACCCCGAUCGUGUGUCCCAGGAAGAACACCUGCCAGACACACAGCAAGGAGACAGCAGCCAGCCUUCACCACGCCUCCAGGGCGGGUAUGCUGAUUUGGUACAUAUUGACAACGGAGGGGCAUCUCAACAACGCGCCCAGCCUCCAGUUCCUCUGUUCGAGCCCGCUGGCAAGCACUCUGCUCAUGUGCCGGCAAAUUUGCAAUCUUUGCUGAAUAAUGAAGACCUUUCACCCAAGUUGAUUUUGGAUCAGGAGUACGUUCAGAGUUUGCACAAUCAGCUGACGCAGCGGACGAGCGGCUGCAGCGUGGAGCAGUUGGAACAAAUCAGCACGAAUCUGAUGGAUUAUCUCUGGCAAUCGCGCGGGGAAUGGAAUCGCAGCCGAGUAGCUGCUGGCAUUCGCGACACGUUCAACGACGUUCUAGAAGACAUGUUGGCUAUGCAAGAGAUUGGGCCCAUCAGCCAGAAGACGAAAGAACUCUUGGGCGAGUCUGCGUAUCACUCGUAG